AUGUCAGAGCAAGAAACAGAUUCAUGUGGCUUCCUGUUACUCUUUUUCUUAAUCCUUGUUUCAGGAAAAGUUGUUUCCGGGGAAUCUUUGGACACGGACAAACAAGUUCUGAUGAAGCUGAAAUCGUACCUUGACAACAAAACUCUUGCAGACCGAGGAGGUUACAAAUAUUGGAACACCAACAUAUCCAAUCCUUGUGAAUGGGAAGGAAUCAGGUGCAGCAGCAGCAACACGGGGAGGGUGGUUGGUGUGGACCUUUCUAACAGUGUCAUAACCGGUGAGAUAUUCCACAACUUCUCUCAGCUAACUGAGCUCACACACCUUGAUCUCUCUCAGAACACACUCUUUGGUGAGAUUCCAGAGGACUUGAGGCGCUGCAACAAGCUCGUGUAUCUUAACCUCUCUCAUAAUAUUCUUGCUGGAGAGUUUAACUUGAUUGGAUUGACAAGCUUGCAAACACUGGACUUGUCUCUUAAUAGAAUCUAUGGAGAGCUUGGGUUCAAUUUCCCUGCCAUUUGUGACAAUUUAGUCACUUUGAACGUCUCCGGUAAUAACUUAACUGGUAGGAUUGAUAACGUCUUUGAUCAAUGUCCCAAUUUGCAGUACUUGGAUUUGAGCACCAACAAUUUUAGCGGCAGCAUAUGGAUGAAUUUUGCAAGGUUGAGAGAGUUUUCUGUUGCGGAGAAUCAACUCAAUGGGACCAUUCCUUCGGAAGCUUUUCCUAUGAAUUGUAGCCUUGAAGAACUAGACCUUUCGGUGAAUGGUUUUGUUGGUGAGGCACCAACAGAUGUUGCUAACUGCAAGAAUUUGAGCGUUCUGAAUCUUUCAAGCAACAAAUUCACUGGGGGUAUUCCCAUUGAAAUGGGUUCCAUUUCGGGCCUCAAAGCAUUGUACUUGGGGAACAACAGCUUUUCAAGUAAUAUUCCAGAUACCCUUCUGAACUUGACCAAUUUGGUUUUCUUGGAUUUGAGCAGAAACGGAUUUGGUGGGGACAUACAAGAGAUAUUUGGGAAAUUUAAGCAACUGAACUUUCUUCUAUUGCACUCAAAUUCUUACACUGGAGGAUUGAUAUCUUCGGGAAUUCUUACAUUGCCAAACAUUGUGCGGUUGGACCUAAGCUUCAAUAACUUUUCAGGUCGAUUACCCGUUGAAAUCUCUCAGAUGUCAAGUCUGAAGUUGUUAAUGUUAUCCUACAACAAAUUCAAUGGAUCUAUUCCACCCGAAUUUGGAAACAUGUAUCGCCUGCAAGCACUUGACCUUGCCUUCAACGAGUUGACUGGUCCAAUCCCACCAAGCCUUGGAAACUUGAGUUCCCUUUUAUGGUUGAUGCUUGCGGAUAAUUCAUUAACCGGAGAAAUCCCCCCAGAGUUGGGAAACUGUUCAAGCUUGUUAUGGUUGAACCUUGCCAACAAUAAACUCUCUGGAAAUUUGCCUUCUGAAUUGACCAAAAUUGGAAGGAACGCCAUGGCCACAUUUGAAUUAAAUAGGCAAAAUGAUGGAAUGGUUGCUGGCUCUGGUGAAUGUGUAACAAUGAGGAGAUGGAUACCAGCAGAUUACCCUCCAUUCAGCUUUGUGUAUACCAUCUUAUCAAGGAAAAGUUGUAGAGGCCUUUGGGACAAAUUGCUCAAAGGAAAUGGCAUUUUCCCCUUUUGCGUACCUGGCUCUUCCUUUCGCUUGAACCAGAUAUCCGGGUAUGUUCAGCUAAGUGGAAACCAGCUCAGUGGUGAAAUCCCUUCAGAGAUUGGGACAAUGAUUAACUUCAGUUUGUUGCACGUGGGGUUCAACAAUUUCUCUGGGAGGUUCCCUCCAGAGAUUGGAGGUAUGCCACUUGUAGUCUUGAACAUGACCAGAAACAUGUUUUCAGGUGAAAUUCCACAGGAAAUUGGCAACUUCAAAUGUAUGGAGAAUCUGGAUUUGUCUUACAACAAUUUCUCUGGUACAUUUCCCACAAGUUUGAACAAGUUGGCUGAGCUGAACAAGUUCAACAUCUCAUACAAUCCCUACAUAUCUGGUGUAGUCCCAGCAACAGGACAAUUUGCUACUUUUGAUAUAGAUUCAUAUUAUGGUGACCCCCUCUUGAUCCUUCCCCCGUUCAUAAAAAACAAAACAAAUGAUAAAAACACGACCCUUCCAAAAGACCAUAAAAAGCCCAAUAAGUUGUCUGUGUUUUUGGUGUUUUUAGCUGUAACACUGUCUUUCAUGGUAAUUGGACUUACUUAUAUUAUAGUCUGUGUCUUGGUGAAAAGGCCAUCAGAGGAACCAGGAUACCUCUUGAGGGAUUCAAAACAGUGGCAUGAUUCCAGUAGCUCCGGAUCCUCAUCAUGGUUGUCUGAUAAAGUUAAGGUCAUCCACUUGAACAAGACAGCUUUUACUCAUGCUGACAUUCUGAAAGCAACAGACAGUUUCUCAGAGAACAGAAUCAUAGGAAAAGGGGGAUUUGGAACAGUGUACAAGGGAGUGUUUUUAGAUGGUAGAGAAGUGGCAGUGAAGAAGCUCCAAAGGGAAGGACUUGAAGGUGAAAAGGAAUUCCGGGCUGAAAUGGAGGUUCUGAGUGGUCAUAGUUUUGGUUGGCCUCAUCCAAACCUGGUCACACUCUACGGGUGGUGCCUGAAUGGUUCAGAGAAGAUACUGGUCUAUGAGUACAUAGAAGGUGGAAGCUUGGAGGAUCUAGUGACUGAUAGAACAGGUUUGACAUGGAAGAGGAGGCUAGAAGUGGCAAUUGAUGUGGCUAGAGCACUAGUCUAUUUACACCACGAAUGCUACCCUUCUAUUGUGCACAGAGAUGUUAAGGCUAGCAAUGUAUUGCUAGACAAGGUUGGGAAGGCGAAAGUCACAGAUUUUGGACUUGCUAGAGUAGUUGAUGCUGGGGAUAGCCAUGUGAGUACUAUGGUGGCUGGGACAGUGGGUUAUGUUGCACCUGAAUAUGGACAGACAUGGCAAGCCACAACAAAAGGAGAUGUGUACAGUUUUGGGGUGUUGGUUAUGGAGCUUGCAACAGGUAGGAGAGCAGUGGAUGGUGGUGAAGAGUGUUUGGUGGAAUGGGCUAGGCGUGUUAUGGGAUAUGGAAGACAUCAUCAUGGGUUAAGCCGUUCUGUGCCAGUUUUGCUAAUGGGUUCUGGGCUAGUUGGUGGGGCAGAGGAGAUGGGUGAACUCCUAAGAAUUGGGGUGAAGUGCACAGCUGAGGCACCACAGGCUAGGCCUAACAUGAAGGAGGUUCUAGCUAUGCUGAUUAAGAUUUCCAACCCCAAGGGAGACUCAAGUUAUGGACACCUUGUUUAGUCGUUUGUGUUUUGUAAUUAAAUGAUCC